AUGUCUCGAGCUCGCGUUAAUGUGAUUAUGUACAGCUUAUACCACCAUGUCCAUAAGCUGGGCCUUGAAAUACACAAGGGUUUGGAAGCUGCUGGUGUGCAAUCAAAAAUGUACCAAGUCCCUGAAACGCUUUCUCCUGAAAUCUUGAAGCUUGUCAAGGCACCACCUAGACCUGAUAUUCCAAUCGCAACACUCGAGCAGCUAACUGAGGCCGAUGGUGUCAUGUUUGGCUUCCCUACACGCUAUGGUGGAAUGCCUGCUCAAAUGCGCGCCUUUAUUGAUGGAACAGGUGGUUUGUGGGCUAAGGGAGCAUUGCAUGGAAAGUUCGCUGGUACCUUUUUCUCCACUGGAUCUCAACACGGCGGUCAAGAAACUACAUCUUUGACUACGCUCCCUGUAUUCGCUCAUCAUGGCAUGAUUUAUGUGCCCUUUGGAUUCGCAAAUGCUCAUCUCUUUGAUAAUUCUGAAGUCAUUGGUGGUUCAGCCUAUGGUGCAGGCACUGUUGCAAAUGGUGAUGGAUCACGUCAGCCUUCGGUCAAGGAGUUGGAAAUUGCCAGACAACAGGGUGAAGAUUUUGGUCGCAUCGUUGAUACAUACGUCCGUGGCAAGAACAGCGGCAAGAACAAAUUGUAG